GGGCCGGGCCGUGCGGGGAGGCGGCGCAGACAAGAUGGCGGCGCUGGCGGCGCUGCGGUCCUUGCGGCGGCUCGGCGGCCUCGCGCUCUUCUUGUCGCAGCUCUACGUUCUCUCUGGCCGCGCAGGAUCUUUGAUGACCACGAAGCAUUCACAGCCCCAGUCUACAUUUGCAAAAAGUCUUACUUCAACAAGUACAAAUACUCCCAAUUUUAAGACAAUAGAAAGUACAGAAAUUCCAUCUUAUGUGACUAAAUGUCCUAGUAACGGACUUUGCAGUAGAUUGCCACCAGACUGUAUGACGUGUAACACAAACUAUUCUUGUGUAUAUGGGAAGCCAGCCACUUUUGAUUGCAAAGUCAAGCCACAUGUUCAUUGUGUUGAUCAGAAUAACCAUGAGCAGGAGAACUUUACAAUUAACAUGACGUGCCAGUUUUGCUGGCAGCUUGCAACAACGGAUUAUGUAUGUACCAAUUCUACAAACUGCAUGACAGUUUCUUGUCCACGACAGCGAUACAAUGCCACUUGUACAGUGCGGGAUCACAUUCAUUGUUUAGGUAAUCGAGUCUUUCCAAAGAUGCUCUAUUGCAACUGGACUGGAGGUUAUAAGUGGUCUACUGCCUUGGCGCUAAGCAUCACCCUUGGUGGAUUUGGAGCAGAUCGUUUCUAUUUGGGCCAGUGGCGGGAAGGUCUGGGAAAACUCUUCAGCUUUGGUGGACUUGGAAUAUGGACACUAAUUGAUGUGCUACUCAUUGGUGUGGGCUAUGUGGGACCUGCAGAUGGUUCUCUUUAUAUUUAAAUGUAGAUGCAACAUGUUUCAGAGAGGAGUAAUUGUGUGGAAAAGGCUCUAAGGAGAAGAACGUAGAAAUUUGAGCCGUUGAGUUAGAACAAAGAACAGCUGUUCUUUUUAUGUGCAUAUAUUUUAAUGUACAGUAUCUGUACUUAGUUUGCCUUUAACUAAGGUAAAAUAAAAGAGUGGAUCACUAAGUUGACAUUCAUUUCCUUUCUUUUAUGGACAUGCUAUUUUUCUAUGAAAAAAGUUGAACAGCUAGCUGGAUUCUGCACUGUUGAGCUUGGAUGGUCUGUCAAGCAUCAAAACAGAUGUAAGCUACCUUGAAUAUUGAGUUGUUUACUUCAUAUUGUAUCUCUGAGUUUAACUUUGACUUACUUAAACAUGUUAGUAAUAUUUUUUUUUGUAUUUGUGGAAGGAUAAUUUCUUUGCCUGAGGUACUCUAGCAGUAUGUAGAGCACCAUGUUCUGUGAUCUUAAUUACAUUUAUCUCUGUUUUGGGGCAUAGCAAGACAUUUGCUUAGUGACUUGUUGACUGAAAACUGCAGGGUUAUAGGAUUAGAUUGCGCUAACACUAAAAUCUAAAUAUGAAAUGAAAUACCUUUUAGGAUUAUGCCAGGAUGUCUGUAUUUAGCUUGGGUUCGAGUGAAAGGUACUUUUAUUCUUGUGCUAGCAAACUUGCAAGUUAAUUACAAAAAAAAUUAAGGGGAGGGGGUGGGGGAAUAUAACCAAUAUAAUCCAGUUCAGACUUGUAGCGCUGCGUUUGGGGACGAAGUACCACGGUCAGGGCAGGGGCCGGGCCGAGUGCAGGGGGUGCUCCCGCCCGUCCCGGCGCCCCUCCGCCGCCUCUUGUCGCUUCUCUCGAAUAAAGUGCAGCUGUACCGGCA